UAAUCCAGAAAAUAUAAAUUGCAAAACGAAAAUCGCCUCCAUAGACCAUAGCUUUCCACUCGAAACUCGGACAAAUUAUUUUCGGCGUCAACGAGAUUUUGAUUUCCCGAUUGCACCAGCCAAAAUCCAGAAGCUUACCAUUUCUAUCGAGAAAGAUCAAACUCAGACAGACCAAUACGAACUCAGACGAGGAGGACCGGGGAAAGACGAUACAGAGAGAAAGAGGUGAUAUAGGAUGGAGAUGCUAUGGACAUGGCUUUUGAGUUUCUUCUUCAUCUUGACUCUCUUAUGCAUUCUGGGUUAUCAGCUUGUGUGCUUAGUGGACCUAGAGUUUGAUCAUAUCAACCCGUAUGAUUCUUCAUCUCGAAUAAACAAUACCGUUUUGCCAGAGUUUAUCAUUCAAGGAGUUUUGUGCGUCAUUCUUCUUAUAACAAGACAUUGGUUUAUGCUUCUAUUGGCUCUCCCCCAUCUAUAUUAUAAUGUCAAUUCUUACAUGAAGGGGCGGCACUUGGUGGAUGUGACUGAGAUCUACAAUCAGCUGAGCUGGGAGAAAAAACAAAGGUUUUUUAAGAUUGCCUAUCUGUUGGUCCUGUUCAUCCUCUCUUUAUUCUGGUUGCUUUGGAGCAUUGGAGAUGAAUACGAUUAAUCAUGCACUGUUGCUCCCACUUUUUCUAUGAAGGAGCCACAAAGGAGACUGUCUCUUGUGGAUAUGAAUCAGUACUCGUGCAAACUCAGCCUAAUAGAAAUCAGGUCAUUUGAUUUUAAAUCGUUACUUGGAAUCUUGGAUGCUCCACGUUUUGUAUGUAAAUUACUUGCACUCUUCCAAUUUCUGGACAACCAUUUUUUUCCUCAUUCACAAUGUGAAGCAAUCUAUACGGUCA